UACGGGUGAUUAGUGGGCACGGGCACGGGUGACCCCGUUUCCUACCCAACGGCAUCGUGACCUGAAGGCGAUGAGGCGAUGAGCUGGGAGCUGCUGCCACGGCGACGCGCCACCGUCCCAUGUCUCCUCCUCCUCGCUGCGCCGUCUCGCUCCCUCUCGCCCCCACCAAUGCCUCCGCCACCAGCACCGGCGGCGGCGGCGGCGGCGGCGUGGGCGUGGGAGGGAAGAAGGCGCAGACGCACCCGACGGCGUCGCAGGUGCGACGGCUGUGCAAGCAGGGCCAGCUCGACCGCGCGCGGCUGCUGCUGCUGGACGCGCUCCCGCGCCCGCCGCCGAUGCUGCUCUGCAACGCCGUCCUCAUCGCCUACGUGGCCCGCGCGCUCCCGGACCACGCGCUGCGCCUCUACGCGCUCCUCAACCACGCCGCGCGCCCCGCGCCGCGCUCCGACCACUACACCUACUCCUGCGCGCUCACCGCCUGCGCGCGCACCCGCCGCCUCCGCCUCGGGAAAUCCGUCCACGCGCACCUCCUCCGCCGCGCGCGCGCGCUGCCCGACACCGCGGUGCUCCGCAACUCGCUCCUCAACCUCUACGCCUCCUGCGUGCGGUACCGCGGUGACGGCGGCGUCGAUGUCGUCCGCAGGCUGUUCGACGGGAUGCCCAAGCGGAACGCCGUCUCGUGGAACACCCUGUCCGGCUGGUACGUCAAGACGGGGCGUCCCCAGGAAGCCUUGGAGCUGUUCGCGCGUAUGCUGGAGGAUGUUGUCAGGCCCACGCCGGUCAGCUUCGUCAAUGUCUUCCCCGCAGCGGCCAGUGAUGAUCCCAGUUGGUCGCUUGCUCUGUACGGCCUGCUUCUGAAGCAUGGGUUGGAAUAUGUCAAUGAUCUAUUCGUUGUCAGUUCGGCUAUCGUGAUGUUUUCUGAGCUCGGGGAUGUGCAAUCAGCUUGGAAGGUAUUUGACCACACUGCCAAGAAGAACACUGAGGUUUGGAACACGAUGAUCACUGGAUAUGUGCAGAAUGGGAAGUUUGCUGAAGCCAUGGAUCUCUUUAUCCGGUUACUAGGGUCUAAAGAGGUUCCAUUGGAUGUUGUGACCUUCUUGUCAGCUCUCACUGCGGCAUCACAGUCCCAGGAUGGCAGGCUGGGUCAGCAGCUGCAUGGCUACUUGAUCAAAGGAAUGCAUGGUGCCUUGCCUGUGAUACUUGGUAAUGCACUUGUUGUGAUGUACUCGAGAUGUGGCAAUGUCCAAACUGCCUUUGAGCUUUUUGACCGCUUACCAGAGAUGGACGUUGUUUCUUGGAACACCAUGGUAACUGCUUUUGUGCAGAAUGAUUUUGACUUGGAAGGCCUGUUACUCGUCUAUCAGAUGCAAAAAUCAGGUUUUGUUGCUGAUUCAGUGACCAUGACUGCAGUUCUAUCUGCUGCGUCAAAUACAGGAGACCUUCAGAUUGGUAAACAAGCCCAUGGUUAUCUCAUAAGGCAUGGCAUUGAGGGCGAGGGCUUGGAGAGCUAUCUGAUAGACAUGUAUGCCAAGUCCGGUCGCAUAGAAAUGGCUCAGAGAGUGUUUGAUGGCUGUGGUGAUUUCAAAAGAGAUGAAGUCACCUGGAAUGCCAUGAUAGCAGGAUACACACAGAGUGGGCAGCCUGAACAAGCGAUCUUGGCAUUCGGAGCAAUGCUUGAGGCAGGUCUUGAACCUAAUUCAGUGACACUUGCCUCGGUGCUCCCUGCAUGCGAUCCUCUUGGAGGAGGCAUCAGUGCAGGGAAGCAGAUCCAUUGUUUUGCCGUGCGCCAGUGUUUGGACUCCAAUGUCUUUGUAGGUACAGCUCUUGUUGACAUGUAUUCCAAGUGUGGCGAGAUUUCUGCUGCAGAACAUGUCUUUGCUAGCAUGUCUGAGAAGAGCACUGUCUCCUAUACAACUAUGAUUUCUGGUCUUGGUCAGCAUGGUUUUGGCGAAAGAGCAGUGUCCCUUUUCUACUCAAUGCGAGAGAAGGGGUUAAAACCUGAUGCUGUGACUUUCUUGGCAGUGAUUUCAGCAUGUAAUUACUCUGGACUGGUCGAGGAAGGACUUACUCUGUACAGGUCAAUGGAAGCAUAUGGGGUUGCACCUACUCCUCAGCAUCAUUGCUGCGUUGUAGAUUUGUUAGCUAAAGCAGGCAGAGUGGAUGAAGCUUAUGAGUUUGUGGAGGGGUUGGGGGAGGAGGGCAACUUUGUCUCCAUUUGGGGAUCACUGCUUGCGUCCUGCAAAGCGCAGGGCAAGCAGGAGCUGGCAGAUUUGGUGACAGAGAGACUGCUCCGUGUUGAGAAGAAGUAUGGUCAUGCUGGCUACAAUGUUCUGCUGUCACACAUUUUUGCUGCUGAGAGUAACUGGAGUAGUGCUGAUAGCCUGAGGAAGGAGAUGAGGUUGAGAGGGUUGAGAAAAGUGGCAGGUUCUAGUUGGAUUAAAGUCCAGGACGCAACAUUGCAAAAUUACCCCAAAAAUGGCCAUGUAUACUCGAUGCUGCAUGGGGUUGAUUACGAUAGGAAUGAAAUCAUCUAAAAGUUUCAGUACAUGUGGCAGUGGUGAGCUUGCAGAUCUGAUGCUUGGUCAUGUUCUGUGACGAUUUGAAUGUCCCCUCGCAUAUGAACUCCCAGACCACGGCUGAACGAUGAAAAUGCCCUGGAUGCAGCCAUGCUGUAAGGAUAUGUGUAGUUGGAUGCGGCGUGUUGCAAGCCGCGGUGACGCCGGUGAGCAGCCAGUGUUUGCGGACUACUAGUACUCAUGCAAUGAACAGCAAGGUAGUGUUGCUCGUCAUUCAUAUGGAUUUUUGUCCCAGACACCUGACAUGUAUGGUGAAGUGUAUAACAAUUUGUUCAUAUCUAAAGAUGGGCACAGAAAGAGUUCCUGUAAUUACUCAAAUGAAGAUGAAAAUCACCAGAUCAUUUUUUUU